CGUUCGUCUGCUCACAUCUACAGAAUGAGGUUCUUGGUCUCCUUCGUGGCUGUGUUGUGCGUGGUGGGAGCAGCAAUUGCUCUCUACGUGCCAGACGCCCAAGAAUUGGGCUUCUUUAGAAAUGGUGGCGAAAGUGGCAACGCUGACGACGGCGGCACUGGCGGCAGUGGCGGCAUUGGCGACAUUGGCGAAUAUGGCAUUGGCGGCAGUGGCGGCAGUGGUGGCAGUGGCGAAAAUGGCAGUGGCGGCAGUGGCGGCAUUGGCGAAAAUGGCAGUGGUGGCAGUGGCGGCAGUGGCGAAAAUGGCAGUGGUGGCAGUGGCGGCAGUGGCGAAAAUGGCAGUGGUAGCAGUGGCGGCAGUGGCGAAAAUGGCAGUGGCGGCAGUGGCGGCAGUGGCGAAAAUGGCAGUGGUAGCAGUGGCGGCAGUGGCGAAAAUGGCAGUGGCGGCAGUGGCGGCAGUGGCGAAAAUGACAGUGGUGGCAGUGGCGGCAGUGGCGAAAAUGGCAGUGGCGGCGGUGGCGGCAGUGGCGAAAAUGGCAGUGGCGGCAGUGGCGAAAAUGGCAGUGGCGGUAGUGGCAGCAGUGGUGGCAGUGGCGAAAAUGGCAGUGGCGGCAGUGGCGGCAGUGGUGGCAGUGGCGGCAGUGGUGGCAGUGGCGGCAGCGAUGGCAGUGGCGGCAGUGGCGGCAGUGGUGGCAGUGGCGGCAGUGGCGAAAAUGGUAGUGGCGGCAGUGAUGGCAGUGAUGGCAGUGGCGGCAGUGGCGAAGGUGGCAGUGGCGGCAGCAGCGGCUGCGAAAAGAAUGGCAAUUGCGGCAACAAUGGUAAUAACGGCAAUUGUGGCAACAACGGUAAUAUAUGUAAUUGCUGUAAUAAUGGCCACAACUGUGUCCCUGUCCUCUCCAUUGGGUUUCACUGAUUACUACUCUUCAUAUUUGUAUGUUGCCCUGUUGUUCCAAUACCACCUCAGUAUUCCCAAGGCCAAGGUACCUUUGCCUAAUUGGGGAACCAAGAGGUAUCAUUAUUCAUAUUUUUAAAGGAAUGACCACUGAUCCGUAUUAGGGACCAAUCUCUGUUUGUUGAGCGCAUAGCGUAAAAAAAAAAAAAAAAGCACACACACACACACACACACACACACACACACACACACACACACACACACACACACACACACACACACACACACACCGAGAACAGCGAUAACACUGAUAACAUCAGCAACACAAAUAUCAGCGGAAACACUAGUAACAGUGACAAUAGCGAUAACGCUUUAAACACUGGUAAUAGCAACAACACCGGUAACAAUAGUAAAGCGCCAACACCAAUAAUACAAAUAACACUGAUAACAUCGGUAACACCAGUAACAGUGGCAACACCGGCAACAGUGGCAACACCGGUAACACCAAUAACAGCAGCAACACCAGUAACACUAGUGACAGCGGCAACCAUGGCUACACACACACACACACACACACACACACACACACACACACACACACACACACGAGUAGCCUCUCUCCACACAACCAUCACGAAGAGUACUUCAGGUUCAGUCGCUGUGGUCAUUUCCAUUUGGGGUAUUAAUUACACCAGAUUAUGCAUUGAAUAUUCCCUUUAACUUGCAAUUAUGUAUGUAAACCAUAAAAAUAAAUAUUUUGCAAAUUG